CGAUAUUUAUUGAUGGUAUUGCGAUCCGCGAUCCAGAUUUCAAAAUUUUUAGAAAUUUUGCAAUAUGGAUAACGAUUCAUCAAUACUGCAUGCUAAAGCGUCAAUAAAUAUCGCUGUACUUGGAUCACGUCAAUAAAUACUGACCGUGUGUCAGUGCCCUAUGUGGAUCGGCCUUUACAAUCGGCAAAAUAUCGGUAUGAUACGAUAUUUUUUGUCUAUUAAAACAGACUAUCGCACCUUAAGAAAAACUAAUUCAUUUGUGAAAAUUAAUAUUAUCUCACCUUGGUUGCUAAACUGAAAUGGAUUCAAAAUGUGUUCAAGAAUAAAAUGACUUUUGCAUUCCAAGAUAAUGAAUUUACAUAGAUUUACAGUUUCUGUUUUGCUUAAUCAGCAUUUUAUUAAAACCUUCGCUGCUUUGCUGUUAAAUUAGUGACGAAAAACAAUAACUUCAGAAUGUCUGAUUGGGAAGAAGAAAGCUGGGAUGAUGGAGGCCAAACUGGCACUAAGAAGCAUGAGGCCUAUAAUAGCCAGAAUAACUCAUUUUCCAAAGGGAGUGACAAAGCCCAGCGGUACCGUGACAGCCACAAUCGAGGGAGUGAUCGCUAUCCACAUGACGGGGAAAAACGUGGUCAAAACGAUCAAAGGCAUAAGUAUAGUGAAUCUAUCAAUAUUCCAUCGGACUGUGUUGGUCUCGUCAUUGGUCGAGCUGGUUCGAAUAUUCAACGUGUACAAAAUGACUUCAACGUCCGAGUAGAUCUUGACAAAAGGAGCGGCACAGCAACGAUUAGUGGAAAUAGCGAGCAAGAUGUUCAAGAUGCAUACAAUUAUAUAAAGGAUCAAUUGGAAUCAAAUAAUAAUAAACGAGGGGGCGGUGGUGGCAAUUAUCAAGCCAAUAAUGGCAAAGGCGGCGGAAGGUCAAAUUCCAUAUAUAAUUUUCAACUAAAGGAAACGAAACAGAGUGGUUACUAUGAGGAUAGAUCGGAAAAACCAUACGAUGAGGAAGACAAAGUUCAGUCAGGUUUUACCGGAGUUAUCGAUUGGGAUGCCCUGAAUAAAAAAGCGGAAGAAGAACGUGCAUUACGCUGGGCUAAGUGCCCACCCCUGACAAAAAAUUUCUAUAAUGAAGAUCCGGAAGUAACAAACCUUAUGCCAGAAGAAGUCGAACGCAUCCGAGAAGAAAGUAAUCAUAUCACCGUAUCUCGAGUAUUCAAGCAAGACGACGUUCCUGAAAACAUUCCGAAUCCUAUUUGGAAGUUCGAGCAAUGCUUUGCUGCUUACCCUGACUUGAUGGAGGAAAUUUACAAACAGGAUUUUGUAAAGCCUUCGCCCAUACAGUCACAAGCUUGGCCAAUUCUCUUGAAAGGUGAAGAUAUGAUUGGCAUCGCACAAACUGGUACCGGCAAAACAUUGGCUUUCUUGUUGCCCGCUAUGAUUCACACUGAGUACCAAAGCACACCGCGUACGCAGCGUGGGGGGCCUAAUGUAUUGGUGCUUGCGCCAACACGAGAACUGGCUUUACAAAUUGAAAAAGAAGUCAAUAAAUAUUCGUUUCGUGGCAUGAAAGCUGUGUGCGUAUAUGGGGGUGGAAAUCGGCGAGAACAAAUAAGCAACGUGCAGGGUGGAGUUGAAAUUAUUAUUUGCACUCCAGGACGACUGAACGAUCUCAUUGAAGCUUCUAUUAUCAACGUAUCUAGUAUAACUUAUUUGGUUUUGGAUGAAGCUGAUCGCAUGUUAGAUAUGGGGUUUGAACCACAAAUUCGUAAAGUAUUGUUGGACAUCCGACCUGAUAGGCAAACUGUGAUGACCAGUGCCACGUGGCCACCCGGCGUGAGGCGCUUAGCUCAAAGCUACAUGAGCAAUCCAAUACAAGUAUGCGUAGGUUCACUAGAUUUGGCAGCGACACACACGGUUAAACAAAUUAUCGAAAUAAUGGAUGACGGGGAUAAGUUUUUUGCGAUUCAGCAAUUUGUAAGAAAUAUGAAAAAGAAUGACAAAGCUAUAGUCUUUUGCGGGAAGAAAACUCGCGCUGACGAUUUGUCCAGUGAUUUGACGCUGGAGGGUGUUUUAUGCACAUGCAUACAUGGCUCUAGAGAACAGGCUGAUCGAGAACAGGCCAUUGCUGACAUAAGUUCGGGACAAGUAAGGUUGUUGAUAGCAACAGACGUCGCUUCUAGGGGACUAGAUAUUGAUGACAUUACACAUGUAGUGAAUUUCGAUUUUCCUCGCAAUAUUGAGGAAUAUGUACAUCGUGUAGGGCGUACCGGACGCGCUGGCCGCACUGGAACUUCCAUCAGUUUUAUUACUCGGAAUGACUGGGGUGUUGCUAAAGAACUUAUAAGUAUAUUAGAAGAAGCUGGCCAGGAAGUACCGGAUGAUCUUCGAGAUAUGGCAGAUCGUUUCAAGGCAAUGAAGGAUCGACGUGCAAAUGAGAUGUCAAAGUUUAAUAAUAACUUUCGUGAUCGCAAUGCCGGCGAAAGGCGGGGCUCUCGCGGCGGAAGUGGAAGCGGUCGAGGACGCCGCGAUCGUUAUUAAAUCUUCAAAUUAAAAUUUCGAAUGUUAAAAUGCCGAAAAGAAAUUCGAUGCGCAACCCACUUAGUACGAAUUGUUCCUUGAAGUCUUUAAAAACAAAAAUAUGUACCUAUAUAUCUACAUAUUUUCUGACGUAAUUAACUAAAAAACUUGAAUUAUUUUAUAUUUGUAUAUGAACAUAAAACAGUUUUAUGUUACUAAUAAUAUCCUAUGUUCCCAUAUUUGAAUAUUAAUAACUUCUUAUUUAAUGUUCAAAAGAUAUUAUCGUCAUUAAAAGCACGAACCGCAAAACAA